AUGAAUGACAGCUUUGCUGGAUUUCCCAAGCACGUCUGCAAAUCGGAGGUUUCAACAUUCUCAGGCUUGCCUAAAGUUGGCCAAUACGACAACCUCCUCACGGCUCCACCCUUCAAGUAUCGAGCAAUGGAUGCCGCAACGCAAGUCACCAAUCAAAUCUACAUCGGGCCAUUGUCGGUGGCGAGAGAUCGGAAAGAAUUGAAAAGACUUGAAGUCUCCGCUGUGGUGUGCGCAGCCGCCGAAGGACGAUGCUUCUUCCCUGAUGAGUUCGACUACUGGGAGGCGCCACAACUGGCUGAGCAUUCCUGUGACAUCAUAGAUAUUCUCGAUCUGAUGAAAGACCUGUGGGACUUCUGUGAGCCAAGAUUGCAAAAGGGAGAGAAGCUGUUCUUUCACUGCGUUCAUGGGCGCACCCGGUCUGCCACGAUGCUAGUGUACAUUCUUUCCAAAGGAAGCAAGAAAAGAGUCCUCGAGACGUACGAAAUUAUCCGUGCAAAGCGGGAUGUCUUUAUACCAGAACCAUGGCUUCAGGCAAUGCAAGCCAAGCUAAGUCAGCAUGAAUCGCUACCUAUUCGUGACAGUACUGCAGUCCACCCGUCCUCUUGA